UUACACUUGGCACAAUGCAGUCAUGCAAGUACCGUUCUCCUGGCAACCGCCAAACCCAGACAUGCCCAUUGGAUUGCUAGAAGAGAAGCGUGAUUCAUCACUCCAGAGAACAUGUCUUCACUGCUCUAGAGUCCAGUGGCUUUGCAUUGCAGUUGUUGUUGUUCCCAGUUACUUCCAAUUUGUUAUAACACCACUAACAGUUGACAGUGGAAUAUUUAGCAGCAAGGAAAUUUCACAGAUGGACUUAUUGCACAGGUGGUAACCUAUCACGGUUCCACGCUUUAAUUCGCUGAGCUCCUGAGAGUGACACAUUCUUUCACAAAUGUUUGUAGAAGCAGUCUGCAUGCCUAG